AUGGAUGAAAAGAAACAAAAUCCCUUCGAGGACAUGGGACGCUCUUAUGAGGGAGAGGCAGCAGAUUACCCUCCAGCAUAUACAGCCCCAGGACCAUCAACACAACCAAUCCGAUCACCAGUACAAGAAACCCCUUCUCAAACAAAUCGCAAACCAAUCGCAAUUCCGGCCAUCACAUCCUCCUCUGAUUCACCUUUCAUCCGCGCAUAUCCACCCAUUCUAAAAAACCACCAACUCCCCAAGGAAUCCUUCCUCGCCUUCCUCGACCAACUGAACAAAGACAUAGCCGCCAGUCCGCCUCUACAAGUCCUAGACGCAACAGGCGGCAUCUUGAGCUCCGUCCCAAUUCUAUUCCCGCUGCACUGGAUUGGGUCCGCUGUCAGCGGACUUGCAAACCUAAGCAGCCAAGGCAUGUCCAAAAGCCGGACGGACUCGUCCAUCAAAAAAGCCAAUAAGGACAUCUUCGGUCCGCGCGGCUUGAGAGUUGAAAUUGCAAAGCUGGAUGCGCUAGCACAUGUUGCAAAGCUGCCUAUAUUGGAUUCUCAGGGCAAGAUCAAUCGGCAGGCGCCUCUGUUUCUACAACUCCAGAAUGAAGCGUCCAUGGCCAAUUCUGGGACCGAUGAAAGGCAGCAGCAGGAGUUUGAAUUGCAGCAGAGGAUUGGGACUUUACAACCCUGGAUUGCUGAUCUUGAAUUUGAGAUUUUGCCUUGGUCUUCUAAAUCUAAGUUGACGCGGUUCAAUGCCUCGUUGAAGAAGUAUAAUAACGAGCCGAGGGAUCAGGAGAGGAGAGGCAUGGGUAAACGAGCUGAGGUUUACAUUCAAGAGAAUAAACAGGAAGAAGCUCCUUUUAGGAAGGCUUUGUGGCUUGUUAUUCGGGAGGUUGAGACGGACGAAAGGCGUUAA